GGAUGUCCCAAGAUGGUCACUCGGUAGCGGUACUGUCCGGUGAUCAAACGGUGGAACAACGGUUGGACGCUCUGGAUCGAUUCCGAAAUGGACUAGAGAAGGUACAGAUUAUAACGAAUGUUUUGUCCAGGGGUAUCGAAGUCGAACAGGUGACCAUUGUCGUCAACUUCGACAUGCCGAUGGAUCAGCAGGGACGAGCCGAUUGCGAAACGUAUCUACAUCGAAUUAGACGUACCGGUAGAUUCGAACGGAAUCACCAUCAUCCUAGUGGACAGUGAUCGAAGCAUGAUAAUUUGCAGAUCAAUCGAAAAACAUUUCCGGAAAAAGAUUCAGUUGCUAGUCGCGGAGAUCUCGGACGAAAUUGAAAAGAUCGGAUCGUAAAGUGUUUUCGACCAGCUGCUGGUGAACGGCGUAGGAGCUUUUUUGGGUCAUACUUGUUUCGAUUCUGAAUUUAUAAUUUUAUUUAGCUCUACCCAGUUCUAUCCCAACAAUUGAAAAGGGCCUAACUGCAAAAUGUAGCAAAUUGAAUUUUCAUGUUUUCCAUUAACAAAUAUCUACCCGAGCAUGUACACAACGCAUCAGUUGAUUAUGAAGAAUUUUGGUAGCGAUUUUACAAUUUUUUAAAAGGGCCUAAUUGAUUUUUAUGACCAAACUGAUUAUGAAUGGAUCUAACUGAUUGGAAAGUGUCUAACUAGCAAUAUAGUCUUUUCCAUAAUUUACAUACAGGGCCAAUUUGAUUUUAUGAUGUUCAGUGGGGUCAAUCUGACCAUCAAAUUAGAAUUGAGUUAAUUCGUCUAACUUUCGGUGUAAUAUCAGACUUGAACAGCAUUUUUUGUGUGAGGUAUACAAGUAGUAGAAAUAUGCGCAAUCAAAAGAAAUAAAAUAGUAUCGAUUUUCCAAAUAGGAUUAUAAUAAAUCUGACCUUUGACAAUUUUCUCAAUGUUUACGUUUUGCAGA